UAGUACUUCAGGAUUCAGAGUGAUUUAUCACUGCGUUAUUUGUCCAGUUUAAAAAAAUGAAAUACACUGUGUUUUAUGGGAAAUUCCAUGGAAAUAACACACAUCAUUUCUGAAUGAUGCAAUAAUCUGCUUGGCUGGCAUAUACCAGAUGGUAAAUUUGAGUACUCCUGCCUUUUUACCAGUCACAUGACAGGUCAUACCCACUACAGUCUAAUCAAACUGCAUGUGUCAACCUAUGAAGUAUUUUCCCUCCCUCACCCUCUAACCCCACCCCUCUGACAGAACCAGGAAGUAUUUUCCCCACACACUUCUGAGGAAACGAAACUGAUUUAAAUUUCUGUGUUGUCUGUCUGGGAGAGAGUGAACAAUAAAUGUCCAAAUGGCUCAGCAGGGAGUUCUACUGGAACAGGACCAGUUCUGUUGUUCUGUCUGUCUGGAUCUACUGAAGGAACCAGUCACCAUCCCCUGUGGACACAGUUACUGUCUGAGCUGUAUUGAGGGCUACUGGGAUCAGGAUGAUCUGAAAGGGGUCUAUAGCUGUCCCCAGUGCAGACAGACCUUCACUCCAAGGCCAAUUCUGAGGAAAAAUAACAUGUUGGCUGAGGUGGUGGAGAAACUGAAGACAGGACUCCAGACUGCUUCUCCUGUUCUGUGCUGUGCUGGACCUGGAGAUGUGGUGUGUGAUUCCUGUACUGGGACCAGAAAGCAGAAAGCCCUCAUGUCCUGUCUGGUGUGUUUGGCUUCUUACUGUGAGACUCACCUCCAACCUCACCAUGAAGUAGCUCCAUUAAAGAAACACAAGCUGAUCAAAGCCACCACACAACUACAGAAGAAGAUCUGCUCUCAUCAUAACAAACUGCUGGAGGUUUUCUGUCGUACUGAUCAGCAGUGUAUCUGUCUGCUAUGUGUGAUGGAUGAACAUAAAGGCCAUGACACAGUGUCAGCAGCAUCAGAGAGGACUGACAAACAGAGCCAGCUGAUGAUCAGUCAGCAGAAGGUCCAUCAGAAAAUCCAGGAGAGAGAGAAGGAGGUGAAGGAGGUCCAACAAGCCGUGGAGUCUCUCAAGCUCUCUGCACAGACAGCACUGCAGGACAGUGGUAAGCUCUUUACUGAGCUGAUACGUUCCAUAAAGAGAAGACGCUCUGAGGUGAAGGAGCUGAUCAGAACCCAAGAGAAGACUCAAGUGAGUCAAGCUGAAGGACUCCUGGAGAAACUGAAGCAGGAGAUCGCUGAGCUGAGGAAGACAAGCACUGAGCUGGAGCAGAUCUCACACACAGAAGAUCACAUUCAUUUCCUCCAGAGUUAUCAGUCUCUCUCCAGUACCAGUGUAUCUUCAGACUUACCCAGCAUUACUGUUCAUCCCCUUCAGUACUUUGGAGAUGUGAGUAAGACUGUCUCUGAUCUGAGAGAGAAACUAGAAGACAUCCUUAAAGGAGAAUGGACCAAGAUCUCCACUACAGUGGACUACGAGGAGGAGGAGGCGGCUGUGGGGCACUACAGCGGAGACCCCCAAUGGGCCCCCAAGACCUACAUGGAGAAAGUGGUGGCCAUCUACGAUUACAACGCGAACAGGGACGACAAGCUGAGCUUCAUGGCUGGGGACAUAAUUUACAUCAUCAAAAAGCAUGAUGAUGGCUGGUUCGAGGGAAUCAGUAGUGGAGUCACCGGCCUGGUUCCCGGCAACUACGUUGAGUCCAUCAUGCACAAUGUAGACUGAUGCGACCACCAGCGACCGUGUAUUUAUUCAGUCUUAUCUGAACUAAACAACCGUUUGAAAGGAAAUCUCACCAUGCAAAGAUGUGCUUGUUUCCCUUACUGAUUGCAAAUCAAUUUAUUAGAUUAGAUUCAACUUGUCAUUGAACAGUAUGAGUAUAGUACAAGGAAAUGCAGUUAGCAACUAACCAGAAGUGUAAAUAGAAGAAGACGGCAGGACAUUUAUAAGAAUUAGGUAUAAUGUAUGCUACGAGUGUAAUGCAUAUAUGUGCAAUGAGGGGAAAUACAGCGCAAAUGGCAAUUCUAAAUAAGCAAUGAAGGCAAAUAGGGGAGGGCCGAAAAUAUCCAAGUGUUAAUAUAUACUGUAUGUACAAUUGGGGAAUUAAUCGUUGUACAAUGAGCCAAAUGCAAGUAGAAUGGCAAUUCUAAAUGUGUAGUGCAGGCAAAUUGAAGGUGCAAGGUGACAUGUGCACCUGAAAUCCCAGGAUAGCAACAAUGAGAUUCCAGAGGAAGACACACACAUGUAACAACUGAGAACUUAUCCUACUUUUCAAGGUAGUGUCUGAGUCCAGUAGUACAAGGAGUAGUGCAACAAGGACCCUGAGAGGCACAACUAAGUGGUGGGUGGGUG